AUGGACUUGGCUGGUGAUGAUCCUGCUAGUGACGGGGGAGAGCGUGGAGAGAGCGAAAUGAGUCCCGAUUCCGUUCCUGUGUCUCCUGGUGAGCCUGACCCGCUGCCCCAGUUAAAAAGGCCUACAGGGGUUGCCGACAUUAGGGAGGAUAGCAAUGUAGGACCUGAUUCCGCAGAUCCAGAUAACUUGCAGGAGGCAUACGUGGAUUUUGGGAAUAAAGAGGCUAACGCAUCCAUAAGGGAUUUCUCUAUUGAUGAUUUUGACGAGGAAGGCUUGAUCGCGGAGACUCCUACACUCCACUUCAUGUAUAGCUCUCCUCAAUUUGAUGGCCAGUUACCCGGAGAUAUAUUUUCCGAGCCUACGUUCGAUAAGAAUCUUGAGGAUGAUUCUUUCGAAGGAGUUUUUGUUGAGAAUGACCCCGUUGAGCCGGCUAUGGGACCAACUACACCAGUUGAUACACCCCCAGCCGUUACACCUCCACCACCCCCAGUGACUCAAGAGGGGCCUUCUUCUCGUCUUCAUAUUCUGGCGAGGGAGUUGUUAUAUGAUGAUGAUCCUGAGAAGAUUGUCAUCUGUGUUUCCUCAUUUAUUGCUGCCGAGCUGGACACCCGCUUACAGUCAUCACGCGAGACUCAGAUUUUUGCUGAUCUCGAGACUCAGAUUUUUGUUGAUCUCGAGAUUCAGAUGCAGCGGGGCCGAGUAGAUCGAGUUAAGACGAGCCUUGCUACUAGAUUAUCUUCGCUUGCCGAGCUCGAUCUUUCUAUUACCUCCUGUGCGAUCGAGAUAGACCAGCUCAGAAGAACACUCCGUGAAAAGGAGGAGACUUUGGAUAUUCUUUAG